AUGCCCUCCUCCAAAUCGGAUAGCCGGAAAACGCCACAGCUAGGCAGCGAUGACCUAGUUCCCUUCGAUCAUGUUGCCGCAGGACACGACGGGGUCCGCUGUACUCUGUCCGGCUCGUUGAUCGCCAAACCCUGUACGCGCCAGGAAGUCGAAUUCUACGAGUCGAGCGCCCUCCAUCCAGGUUUCCAGGAGUUUAUGCCCCUAUUCAUCGGUUCCCUCUCAUCCGCGGAGCAGCAGCAACCGCUGGCGAUUGCUGCCGCUCAACAGUCCGGUGCGGUCUUUCUCCCCGCCCUCGGAGACGCAACCCCGGCCCAGGAGGCCUCAACAUCACAAGCGAGCGAUGUGGCUCGGGAGGGAGAGCCUGCCAAAGUGGCAGAGUCUACCUGGGUGCCAUCCGGAGGAAAGAAACUAGAUACGGGACUGUCGAUCGUGCUGGAAAAUGUCGCUGCUGGGUUUCGGCGACCGAACGUACUGGACGUUAAACUCGGCGCGCGACUCUGGGCUGACGACGCACCACCUACGAAGCGCAACAAGCUAGAUGCCGUGGCUAAAGAAACGACUAGCUCAAGUUUGGGCUACCGGAUCGCCGGGAUGAAAGUGUGGACGGGCAAGAAUGGCGAUACGGAUGAAGGCUCACUCACGGAUCCCUAUGCCACCAAACACGAAGGCAAAGAGGGUGCAAAGGGCGAGGUGAUCGAGAAAGAUGGCUAUCGCCGUUACGACAAGUGGUAUGGGCGAUCUUUCACCGAACAGACCGUCAAGCAAGGCUUUGAGACCUUUCUCGCUGGCGCCAUGGCGGGGAAGGUUGACCGCUCGAAGAUGAUUGCCCAACGACUUGUGGAGGAGUUACAAAAUGUGCAGCAACUACUUGAGUCCGAGGAGAGUCGCAUGUACUCCUCGAGUGUGUUGAUCAUCUAUGAAGGUGACCCGGAAGCGAUGGAGCAUGCUUUGGAAGAAGAAAAGAAGAUACCCGACCCAAGGGAUCAAGAUAGGGACGAAGGAGAAGAUGAUGAGGACGACCAAGUGGAGUUUGAGAUUACCGAGGAAUCUCUCGAGCUAGUUGAUGUUCAAUUAGGGGAUGGGAUUCCUCAAAAAGCCAUCAACAUCAGUAUCGACCCUUCUACAGCACAAUUCCCCGCACUUGGCGAUGACGACGACGAAGAGGAAGAAACACCCAAAGUCCAUGAUCUCCGUCUGAUCGAUUUCGCGCACGCGGCAUGGACCCCAGGCGCGGGCCCAGAUGAGAACGUUCUCAUGGGUAUUCGAAGCCUCAUCAAGGUCUUCCAGGAACUGGCUGUGUGA